GGAUUCAUCCGUGGAUUCUGCCACUCUCCAGCGAUGCUUCUGCCAGUUAAGCUCUCUGGGUAUGGACCCUGUCAUCUUGUUAGGUGGAUACUCUACUUUUGCCCAUCUAUACCCUUUCUUGUGUACUCAUAAAAUGAUACUUUUAGAGUCUGAGCGGGAAGCCCUCACUAUUUACCCAUCAGAGAUCCUGGAGGGUUCUUUAUACCAGGGUUCAGCACAUCAAGCCUCUGACUACAGGAUCAUCAAAAACCUUCACAUCACACACGUGUUAAAUGCUACCGGUGAGUGUCCAGAUGCCUUUCCGGCAACUCUUUGCUACCUGAGAUUGCGUCUCAAUGAUGACACUCACCAGGAUGUGUUUGAGAGUUUCCCAGUAGCUAACAAAUUUAUCAGUCAGGCUCUGCAAGUGGAUGGAGGCAGAGUCUUGGUACACUGCAGCUUGGGACGGAGUCGCAGUUCAGCCCUUACACUAGCCUUCCUUAUGGAGCACCAACGUUGGACUCUGCGACAUGCCUAUGAAUGGCUGAAGGAGAAGCGAGCAUGUGCUGCUCCAAAUGCUGGUUUUCUAAGGCAGCUUUCAAGCUAUGAGGAGCGAUUAUUUGGAAAGAAGCUGACAGCACUUGAUGACCUGUGUGUCUAGACAAGAUGGCUUUCAUUUUGCAUGAUCAUGCAAAAUCAGCUAUAACUAUAAACACUUUGAUGUAUGGAGCUGGUGAACACUCUGGUGUAAUAAAUAUGGACAACCCCCUUAAGUAUUACUACAGUAAAUCACUAAAACACUAAAGACUGGAUCAAACAAAAGUAAUGGCCAUCAAAAUGCAUGCUAUUGUUUGGUGUUCAUUUCUUUGGUAAAGUAUAUUUUCAGCAGUUUACCUUCUGAUGUAUUCUGCACUUGCAUAAAGCAUUAG